AUGACUCGGUCUGGUGGCAUGUGUCUGCCGUGGAUCCUCCCAUGGCAGAAGAACAUGACCCUGGACCCGAUCCAGAAGCUCGUGACGGCGGCAAAAGACGACGAGCGACGACAACUCACCCGAUAUUGGAGAGAGUCGAAGCUGGCGGAGCUGAAUUACGUGGGGUUGACGUCAGUUCAGGACCCUGUGGGCAUGAAAAUCGUCGAGCACAGCGCACUCGUCACCAGUGCAUUUGCCAGUGCCAUCGGAUGGCAGACGGUCAACUUGAUCCCGUAUGUCCUGGGGAUCUGGUUCGGGGGCCUCAUCCUGGUCUUGACGUCCAUCUUCAUCGCGACCGCGCAGAGCAUCGCCGUCUAUCGCCUGACCACCAGCGACGAAGGCCUCGACGAACUGGCGCGGUUGUUGGGGUACAACACGCAAGAUCCGGGGCGUUCGCGACCGCGCCGAAUCCAGGUCCUGGCGUGGCAGAUGCCCGUGAUGCUGCUCAACCUCAGCAUCACCUUGUUUCUCAUCGGUCUCUUGUGCCAGAUUUUCAAUUCGUACACCAUGACUAGGAAAGAUGUCAAGGUGGGUAGCUACCCCUCUGGAUAG